GCCCAAAGGGGGGAGGAGGAAUGUUGCGCGUAUUUCAGCUGUGUCGUGAGAAAUUCAAAUAUGCCAAUCUGCGAGAACCUUGGAGGGCUCCCAAUUGGCUCUAUCGCGUGGCAGAUUAUGUCGUCGUCGUCGUGAUAGAGCGUCCAGAAAACACAUGGCACGGGCUCUUUCUAUACCAACUCAAUUAAAAAAAAAUCACUGAACCGCCGACUGACCAACACGUUGGUAUUCGCGGACACGAUCGUGAUGAAGAAAAUAGCCGCCGCGAAAGCACGACGCGCCUCUGCAUAAAUCGCGCACAACCACUCGUUCACAAGGAAAUCCUCAUCACAUAGAACUGAAUUUCUUUCAGUCACAGUUGGGACGCCGUUUGGAAAAGACACCCAAAGCCUAAAGCUCGCGCGACUUUUCCCGCAAAUGUGAAAAUUGUGUGUGAGUGCUCCGUUCAAGUUUGAAUCACGCGUCAAGGAGGAAUUCUUGCGGGAUUCGUGUACGCAGAUAUUAUAUUUCCAUCUCGCACAAAAUUACUCACAUUUUAGAUUUUUCCGUGACAUUCAACAAUAGCAUAAAGGUGCUGCCGUGGUGCGUCUCAAGUGUGCGGAGAAGCAUGUACGGUGCAUAUUGUAAUUAGUGGCUGUACUUAAUUGGAAAUUGUGUGUGGUCGGUGAACUAAAUCAAGUGCGCACUUUGCAAGACACUCGCGCGACAUUCAGAACUUCUCGCGAUUAUUGCGUUUUGUGACACCUCCAGCCCCCGGAGAGCCUCUAGAAUUGUACAAGAUUCCUCGUGCUGAUUGUAAGACGCAACAGCGUGGAGUGGAUGCAAUGGAUAUGAGGUACAUCGUGGCGUUUGUCGCAGUAUCAUUUCUCAUCUCUCCUGUGAGCUGUGUGGAUGUUUACAAAGGCAUCGAGCGUCUGAAAUGUGCAAACCGUGAAGGUGUUAAUGUUCGACCUCAUAGUGAGUUUCGUCAUCACUUGCGUGAGUUGAGGACAAAGAUGAGGAUUCAGGCUUCAGUGCCAGGAUCGGAAUUAGAUGCCUACAUUGUGCCCACUUUCGAUGAGCAUCAGUCGGAGUAUGUUGCAGAAUCUGAUCAGAGAAGAAGAUUUCUCUCAGGAUUUUCUGGCUCAAAUGGAGACGUUGCGGUGACUCUCAACUCUGCAGCUCUGUGGACGGACGAGAGGUUUCUGUCACAGGCAGACAGUGAACUCGACUGUGAGUGGAAGAUUUUCCGGAUGAAUAGUGAACCAUCGAUUGGCAAGUGGCUCACCACACAAUUGGGUGCCGAUGCUAAAGUGGGGGCUGAUUCGCAAAUUGUGCCGCACUACAUGUGGCAAGACCUCAAGUAUGAGCUCUCACGAAAAUCCAUAAGACUCAUCGAUGUCAACAGAUACAUUCUGGAUUCAAUAUGGGGUGAUCAGAGGCCACAGCCCUUCAAUGAUCCCAUACGAACACACCCCGUGGUAUUUGCCGGUGAAAAGUGGGAAAAUAAAAUUGCCAAGCUAAGGGCAAAUCUCACGAGUAUCCGGGCGGAUGCAAUGGUCAUCACUUCCCUCACCGAAGUUGCCUACAUCCUCAAUUUGCGCGGCAAUGAUAUCCCAUACAUUCCAGUCUUCAAAGCUUACCUCAUUGUCACGCAAAAGGACAUUUUUCUCUACACCAAUCAAUCACGUAUUGAUUUUGGGGUGUCGCUGCAUCUCAAAUCGGAACCGUGUCACCACGAAAAUUGUGUUCAAGUAAGAGAUUACAAUGCUAUAUGGUCAGAUUUAAGAACAUUCUCACAGCAAUGGCAACGAGUUCUGAUUCCAACUUAUUGCGUCUUUGACAUGGGUGCCUCAGAAGCCAUCUACAGUGCCCUCCCGCAGAAGAUUAUCGUCGAAAGGGUUUCACCGAUUAUUUAUAUGCGAGCACAAAAGAAUAAAAUAGAACGUGAAGGAAUGGAAAAUGCCCAUAUAAGGGAUGCUGCGGCUCUUUGUGACAUCUUCAGCUACCUCGAAGAAAGGUUUGGCUACGGAGAUAACUGGACAGAAUUGGAAUUGUCCAAGGAAAUUGACCGAACAAGACGAUCUCAGAAGUAUUCUCAUGAUAUAUCAUUCGAAACAGUUGUAGCAUAUGGAGAACACGGAGCACUACCUUACUACACACCAUCGAAUACAUCCAACGCAAUAAUCUACGACAACAGUACGCUCUUAAUUGAUUCCGGUGGGCAAUACUACGAUGGGACAACAGAUGUUGCUAGAACCUUGCACAUGGGUACACCUACAAUUGAACAGAAGAGAGCUUAUACCCUUGUUCUGUCUGCAAUGAUUCGUCUGUCUACUCUUGUCUUUCCGGAGAAUCUUCGCCUAUCAGACGUUGAUAUCCUACCUCGUGGUAUCCUCUGGGGUGACUUCAAAGACUACCCACAUGGUUCAGGCCAUGGAGUUGGAUCUUUCUCCUCCGUCCAUGAAUCUCCUAUUACAAUUGCGCAUACAACGAAGCAUAGAUAUACAUUCAAGGAGGGUUACUUCUUCUCCAACGAACCAGGACUCUACAAAAGCUACGAUUUUGGCAUUAAGCUUAAAAAUAUCCUCGAAGUCGUGGAUACGGGAAAGCUUCAUCCAACUGGAAAAAAAUUCUACGCCUUUCGCGAUGUAACCCUCGUUCCGUUUGAACCAAAACUCAUUGAUCGGACAAUGCUGAGUAGCCAGGAGAAGCGCUGGCUCAAUGAAUACAAUGCCCGAAUUCGUAAUCUCGUAGGGGCUGAGCUGAAGAGGCAGACAAAAAUGCAAGCCUUCUACUGGAUGAUGAACAAAACGAAACAUAUCAUCGAAUACCUGCCAGAGAAGGAGUAUCGUAGUGCCCAAGAGGGUAACAAUGCCAUUUCCAUGGGAAAAGCUAGUCGAACACUUACUGUCUUCAUUCUAUUCGGGUUGGUCAGAGCAUUGCUGUAAUUUAUCCAUCUUCACCUCUUUUCCCUCUUUUUAGCAAAAAAAAAAAGUUAAUUUUAUAUGUAUAUUUUCGUUGGUAUUACUACACCUCUACUGUAUUAAGUAGUUAAUAAUCUUUAAAAAAAAUCUCUUAGACUGUAAAUAAUUCGUCUUAACACCAAAAUGUCUGUUGAUUUUACAAUGAAAAAAAAAAGAGAGCAUCGGAGAUACAAAAUAAUUGCAAAAAUUCUUAUCACACGAGCACCUGGAAGAAAAAAAGGUUGAAGAAUUUGCUAAUAAUUGAAUUUUUAGAUGAGGAAACGUUAAUAAUCGUAUAUAAAUAUUCAAUUUAUCAAAUUAAUUAGUGUAAAUAAUAUAUCGUCACCAAAUUGUUCGCACGCACAUUGAUGAACUUCAAUAAAAAUUCCAAAUUUACACGGAA